AUGAGUCCCGAUAACUCCAACCGGGCCCAAUACAGCGGCUUGCAACAAAAAGACGACCAAGAAUAUCAAGAAUAUCUCGCCUUUGCAAACUCAUCCUCAUCGGGAGCCAACAACGACGACCACCACCACCAACCGGACGCAGAAGAUGAAGAAGCCCAACUGCUUACAACCGAAGAUUACAUUGAGGAAUUCGAACUCGACGAGACCCAUACCACCACGACGCAGAAAUCCAACCCCGGCCGUCUCCACCAUGGGUCCAAAUCCAAAUCCCAACUACCAAACCCAUUCCGCCGCCUCCUCUCCUUCGUCUCCGGCUCCUCCCACCCCGAACGACAAACUCUCACCUCAUUUCUCUUUCCCAAGAUCCAGUCCCUCCCCCGCGUCACCCUAGAACACCUCUUGCCCCACCAAUGGCAGCGCACCGUCCUCUUAACCAUCGGCCUGACCCUCUGGCUCACCAUCUUCUCGCUCUCUCUGGUCCAUUCCAAAGGCACCCUUCUGGAUGGAAACGGCGAGGUGGUCAGACAUCUAGACUGCAUCUCCACGCUCUGGGGACCGGGGAACGAGUGCGGCGUGGAUGGCGAGCGGUGCAAACCGUUUGGAAACGUCAGCUUUGCGUUUCGGUGCCCGGCAGAUUGUAGGCAGGUCAAGGUACUGAAUCCGAGAUGGGUGGGCGGGGAGGAGGUGGUUUAUAGGCCUUGGGUUAUUGGUGGUGGGGAGGUUUCUGCUGACGGUUCGGGGACGGUGACGGGGACGGGAACUGGUACAGGUGCGGACACAGGCACGGGGGUAUACAGAGGCGACUCGUUCAUCUGCCAAGCAGCCAUGCACGCCGGUGUUAUUUCCGACGCCCGCGGCGGCUGCGGCGUGGUCUCGCUAGUCGGGGAGUACUACUCCUUCUUCCCCGGCCGUGGAGGCGAAGACAUUACAAGUCUCGGCUUCGACUCCCAUUUCCCCAUGUCCUUCACUGUCCAUCCCGCCUUAACCGGCGACGGUCAAUGUCCCCAAAUGGAGAUGAAGACGGCUCGAUCGUUGACGCCGACGAUAUUGCUCACUUCGCUGGUAUCGGUAUUAAGCACCUCCGCCACCACCUUGUGGUUCACCUCCUUCGUCACCAUCUUUAUCCACGUCGGCCUGGUCUCGGACCCGCCCAACGUCGACGGCCCGUCAGACACCAUCAUCCCGCAGCUGAUAUCCAUCUUGUUCGAGCGCUUGCUGCCAGCCACUUUCGUCUCCGCCGUCCUCUUCUGGACUUGUUCGAGAUCUACAACGCUCGCCGCCAUCCCCGCCUCGGCCAACAUCGAAAAAACCGUCCUCUGGCUUGGUGCACUCUGGAUAGGCGCCCUAUCCAAUUUUACUUUGGAGUCCUGGAUCCCCCUCUCCCGCUUAAGCGCGCACGACCUGCGCUCCCAACCGGGCGCCGUGCUAGCGCUCGUCGCGAUCCUGGCUAUUAUUACGGUAACGGUGGCCUACCAGGCUUAUUCCUUCUGGCUUGAGCGGCGCGCGCUUCCCUACCUGGCGCUCUACAGCUUCAUUUUGGGCGGGAUUGUGGUGGGGGCGAUAGUUUCGAUCGCGGGUGUGGGAACGUUGGAGUUGAGGAUCCAUCACUACGUCCUUGCCUUGCUUUUGCUGCCGCUGACGAGCAUACAAACGCGUCCGGCGCUGGUAUACCAGGGGCUGCUGCUGGGGUUGUUCAUCAACGGGAUUGCACGGUGGGGGUUCGACUCGGUUAUACAGACGGCGGAGGCGUUGAGGGGCGGUGAUGGGUUAUUUGGGACGAGCUUGGUGCCGGUGGUGGAUGGACAACCUUUGGUUUAUCUUAGUAGUGAGGUUUCGGAGUUGUGGUGUAUUGCAUUCAAGUGGAAGGGGAUUAAUGAGACGUUGGCGGCGUUGCUGCCGAAGGUAGGGGAAAAGGGGAGGGAAGAAGCGGACCGGUUGCAGGGGGUGAGUGUUAUGGUUAAUGAUGUGGAGAGGCACAGGAGGUUCUUUGCUGAAGAAGCGCUGGAGGAUCAGGUGUUUAGGUGGGAGAGAGAUCCAAAGGUGGUGAAGACGCCCGAGUAUUUUCAGUUUGCCUUCUUGGGCGAGGAUGGCAGAAGUAUGGAUUACUCUGGGGUUGGAACGUGGUUCGGGAAUGGGACUUGGAGCUCUGGUCCGGGGUUUUAUUGA